AUGUUCGUCCCCUUUAUCAGUGAACCUUCACCGAAGCGAAGUUCCCUAUUCCGUCGAAAAGGUGGAGGUGGUGGUGGUAAAGGUGGUGGUAGCAGUGGUGGUGCAAAGGGGGGCUCUGGCAAGGGAAGCAGUAGCUCAGGCAGUUCGAGCAGCUCAAAGGGCACCGGGAAGUCGAGUUCUAUCAGUAGCGGUGGAUCUUCCAAGAGCGCGACUUCGUACGGAUCCGGAGGUGGGAAGGUAGCCACCAUCCCAGCCGGCCAGCCCUUUGCAGGUCGUGUUUCUGGUGGUGGGACGAGGAACCAGGUCUAUGGAAGCAGCAUCUACGGGAGUGGAUACCCCGGCAUUGCCGGUCGAGGUGUUGCUGGACGCGGAUUCCCAUUUCUAUUUUGGCCUUUGGCGUGGGGUGGUAUCGCUGGCGCAGGUGCUGGUUCUUACCUUCAUACUUCAGAGUAUGGGUCACCGAGUAACACGAGUCGACCAGGAGGCGUGAUGAUGACCGCGGCCUUCCAAUCUAAGUCGCAAAACACCACCUUCCGUGUCGUAGCCGAUAACACGACUGUGGUAUCCCUCAUUAGCAGCAUAGCGGCGAAUUGUUCUUCCAACCUAGGGAACACAACCGCAAUCACACCCACGACAUAUAACGAUUCCUCUACUGGUCCUCCACAACCAGAACAAGCGAUUCAAUAUUAUCGCGCGAGCAGCGUCGCACUCACCUUGGAUGACUAUAACAACACUGGCGCACUCGGACCGGAUGGGACGCCCAAUACGCCUUUACCCAGUAAUAUCGACACGAACUUCUUAAACUGUUUGAACGACACGAUAGGGGCAGCUGUACCGCUAGUUGACGGCGCAAUGGGUCUGGUAGCGGACGCUCCGUCGAACGUGGGCAUCGUCGCCCUAGUGUGGAUCGUCUGGUUUGCCACCGGCUUCUUCUACUAGCCAAUUGCGUGCCAAGUUAUCCUUAUUUCACGACGCAUGAUUCAGUCAACGUUUUUGUUACUCGUCUUCCCGGAUUCACCAAGCGACCACGUUCACUUUUCGAUUAACCCGUGGCUGGCGUGCUCCUCGUUCCUCUCUAGUAUGAGAUUCCUAUAUCCGUAUUGAUUCAGCCAUGAAUAGUGAUUACAUAAACGAUGACCCUUUGAAUGUCCUAUUGUAUACUAUACCAUCUCUCAGUCACCGUGAACCUGAACAUGAACAUUUGUGCAACCUC